AUGUUUUUGAAGAAUCGGUGGUUGUUUCCUUUCCUCCCACCAUUGGAGGUUAGAACCGUAUUUCACAAUUUGGACAAGAACGAGUUAUUAGUUGAAAUUCAUAUUCAAAAUAUCUCACUUUCAGAAGUAUUUGUGGAAAAGGUCUCCUUAGUUCUACCUGAAAUAUUUUCAGGAAUGGAUGUCGGUACCUACAACCUAGAUGAGGAAUAUGAGCGAACCUCUGGAGAAAUUACCUUUCUACAGCCAAUGGAUGAAUGCCGGUACUUCUGCCUCCUUCAACUCAAGAGUGGCUUUCUGGAGGAUUCUGAUGCCAUUAGAAGACUAACCCGAUUGGGAAAACUAAAUGUUUUCUGGAAGAAAAAUCUUCAUGAAACAGCAAUACAACAGACUAUCCAACUUGAAAGGGAUGUUCCCCAUUACAGAAGCAUAAGUGUGUCGGUGGAAUCAAUGCCAGAUAAGGUCAUCGUGGAAGAGCCUUUCUACAUGACAUGCAAGAUAACAAACUUCAGUGACCAGAAAAUGAAACUGUUUUUGAAUUUGUGCAAUACAGAUGCUGUUCAUUGGCAUUUACGUGGAGGGAAGUAUCUGGGUAAGCUGCCUCCAAGAACAUCACUGUGCUUACCUCUGAACCUUCUGUUCGUAAAGCAGGGACUACAGCGUAUCUCUGGCAUACAGCUAACAGACAAGUAUACAAAGAAAACGUAUUACUGUGAUGACAUUCUGACUGUCUGUGUGAUUCCAGACUUUCGGAAAAUUAGCAACUGA